AUGGGUUCUCUUCCCAGCGAGCGGCGCCUACGGGCGAAGAGCGUCUGUAUCAUCGGGGCCGGUCCGACAGGCCUCGCGGCAGCAAAGUAUUUGCUCGCAGAGAAAGCGUUCGACCGAAUCGCGGUAGUCGAACAACGAUCUGAGGUCGGGGGAAUAUGGAACUACACGCCGUGCGACGAUGAACCGGCCAAGGACCUCUCCGUUCCCCAGACAAGUCCUCACGCCGGCGUUGACAAGCCCGUCUGGAGAAAUAGCAAUGCGGCACACGUAUUGGGCGAGAAAGAGGAGGAGGAGGCUGCGGCGUUUAUCACACCCUUGUAUGAUCGCCUGGAGACCAACAUACCGCGGGGUUUGAUGGGCUUCUCGGACUUGGACUGGCCAGAGGACUGUCAGUUGUUUCCGAGGCACAACGAUGUCCUCGACUAUCUCAAACGGUACGCCCACGACGUGCGGCACUUGAUCGAGUUUCGAACACAGGUGCUGGACGUCAGUCAGCUGGAAGAUGGGCGGUGGUCUGUACAGACGCAGGAGGUACAACGAAACGUUCCACAAGCCAUACAAGAGCACAUCUUCGACGCCGUGAUUGUCGCCAAUGGACAUUACGACGUUCCAUACAUCCCUUCCGUCCCUGGCAUUGAAGCCUGGCACAAGUCUUAUCCUGGAGCCAUCACCCACUCCAAGUUCUACCGCAAACCUGAGUACUACACUGGGAAGAAGGUCAUCGUCAUUGGCAACUCCGCAUCCGGGAUAGACAUUGGCACUCAGAUUGGCACUGUAUCGACGACGCUGAUACUCUCCCAAAAGUCCGAGUCCUACUUGGGCAGCGUGGCAUCACCUAACAAAGUGGAGAAGCCUGAGAUCGUCGAGUUCAUCGAGAAGGACCGCUCCGUGCGAUUUGCAGAUGGGACAAACGAAUCUGACAUUGACGCGCGGGUCGAGAACACUUACAGGCACUUCUUCUACCGUCCGAAUCCCACUCUGGCUCUGCUCGCCCUAAACCAAAAGGUCAUUCCGUUUUCUGUGGCGGAGGCGCAAUCGGCCGUAGUCGCUCGCGUGCUAGCUGGUCGGCUUGCACUGCCCGAUGAAGCCACGAUGAAGCCCUGGGAAGAGGAUGUGGUCGCCGAUGCGGGCAAUGGCAAGUCAUUCCACGUCCUCAAGUUUCCCAAAGAUGCGGACUAUAUCAACUCGCUUCACGACUGGGCCCUCCAGGCUGAUGCAGGAGGUAAGGUGGUCGGUAAAACACCCCCAUAUUGGCGGGAGAAGGACUAUUGGACACGCGAGCAGUUCCCCGCGAUCAAGAAGGCUUUCCAGGAGUUUGGCGACGAGAGACACAACAAGCGGACGCUGGAAGAUGUUGGCUUCAGCUUUGAGCAAUGGCAGGCAGGAAGUCUCAAGAACAGAAGCUAG